UAACACAUAGUUGCAGACGCUAACACAAUUUUCACUAGUAACAUUACACAGACCAGACCUAAAAGACCAAUCAGUAGCAAUAACGAAGAUUAGGUAUGGAAGAUAAGGCUGCAGAUACGAUGUUGACAGUAGCUGAUAAGGCUCCGGUUACCUCCGAGAGAAAGAUUCGGUCAGACCUCGACAACAACCUCCCUAAGCCAUACAUGGCACGAGCAGUGACUGCCCCUGAUACCGAUCAUCCGAAUGGAACAUCGGGACACAAACAUAACAACAUGUCUGUUCUUCAGCAACACGUAGCGUUCUUUGACCAAGAUAACAACGGGAUCAUCUUUCCAUGGGAGACUUUUAAAGGGUGUCGAGACCUUGGAUUCAACGCGUUCGCUUCAUUUUUAUUCAUGGUAUUAAUCCAUAUGGCUAUGAGUUACGUCACUUUGCCUACUUGGUUGCCAUCACCUUUCUUCCCCAUUUACAUAGAAAACAUACACAGGGCGAAGCAUGGAAGUGAUUCCGCGACUUAUGACACCGAAGGAAGGUUUAUUCCAGCCAAUCUUGAGAACAUUUUCAGCAAAUACGCUCGCACAGUUCCUAAUAAACUCACAUUCAAGGAGCUUUGGCAUAUGACUGAUGCCACUCGCAACGCCUUUGAUUUCUUUGGCUGGACUGCAAGCAAGUUGGAAUGGGGAGCUCUUUAUGUGCUUGCAAAGGACUCAGAGGGCUUCCUAUCAAAAGAUUCAGUAAGGCGUUGCUUCGAUGGAAGUUUGUUCGAGCAUUGUGCCAAGAAGCAAAAGAGCGAUCCAAGUAAGAUGGGAUGAUCGUUAUUAAUUAUAUGUAUGGGCAUCGACCUAGCGAACUAUGUUACUAACUUUUGUAUUCGCAAGAUACUCAUAGUACGAUUCCUUUGGACAUUAGAUUAAUUAGAUGUUAUUUUAAUAGGUUUAUGGGUGAAUUAAUGACAUUUUGAGCCAUGAGCAUUAGAAAAUCGUUUUUUUUAUUUAUUGUCGUCGUCUAAUUAAAAGGGUUAACACUACUCGAUUGGUUCGAGGUCGAUU